AUGCUGUAUGCUGUGGUGGCGCUGAUCCUGCUGCUGCGGCCGCUGGUGCUGCUGGGCCUGCGCGCGGCCGUGCGGUCGCGCGAAUUCUGGCGCAGCACGCUGCAGCAGGCCUACUACGACAAGAGCAAGGUCAGCGACCAGUGCGUCGACGCCUACCGCCUGCCGCAGCUCGUGCGCGGCUGGGAGUCGGGCAUGGUGCGUUUCCUGCUGGCCCGUCUCGGCGCACGCGGCCUGCGGCCCUCGGCGCUGUACGCGGCGGACGCCGGCAGCGGCACCGCGCCGGGCGGCGGGCUGGAAGACGCCGGUCUGGCGCAGCGGCUGGCGGCCGCUGUGGCGGAGCACAGGAUCCCGGUGCUCGUCGUGCACGGCGCAGCCGACAAGCUGGUCCCGGUCAGCAACAGCCUCCGCCUGGCGCGCAUGCUGCCCGGCGCGCGCGUCGCCGUGCUCAAGCGCAGCGGCCACUGCCCGCAGGAGGAGGUCCCCGAGGGCUUUGCCCAAAUCAUGGGCGCCUUCCUCGGCAGCCUCGCGGCGUGA